UGCUCGCAGCCGCACUGUGAAUAUCUGUAUGCUCAUAUCCAAGACUGUGGAGUGUGCAAAGGAGGGAGAGAGAGAGAGAGCGAGUGAGGAGGAGGAGGAGGAGAGGUGGAGGGAAUACAGUCUGAUUUGGAUACAACUGGAAAACUACCAAGCGCGCACAGCACGCACCGAGCGGAAGGCACAUCGACGGUGCCUAGCCAACAUUUCACCUACUCCCCCCGGCUCCUGCGAUCGGAUUCAGCCGAGAAUGGAGCUCCCUGCCGCCGGAGAGCAUGUCUUUGCGGUGGAGGGCAUCGAGAAGAAGCGCAUCCGCAAGGGCAAGAUCGAAUACCUGGUCAAGUGGCGAGGCUGGUCUCCAAAAUACAACACAUGGGAACCAGAGGAAAACAUUCUGGACCCUCGUCUCCUCGUCGCGUUUCAACACAGAGAGAGGCAGGAGCAGCUGAUGGGAUACCGCAAACGGGGGCCAAAACCAAAACAUCUUCUACUCCAGGUACCGUCAUUUGCCAGGAGAUCCUGUAUCCCUGCAGGUUUCACGGAUUCAUCUCAGGACGCCGAGGUUAGCCUCAAGUCCGAUCCCAUCCCGGUCCAGCGUCCCCAAGUUCAGCAAUACCAGCUCAACAGCAAGAAGCACCAUCAGUACCAGCCCAGCAGCCACGAGGUUCCCGCUGAUCAGCCAAUCAACGGCAAGAAGAAGUUCAUCUACCAGCUCAACAGCAAGAAGCACCACCACUAUGAGCCUGACCCCAACAUGUACGAGGCACAGGCUUCCAGGCUCAAAGAGGUGGUCAAAGUUCAGGAACCGGCCAGUAAACCGGCAAAUCCUGGCUGGAACUUACCGCUGGCCCUGCAGCAGAAAUGGAUUAGAGACAAGGACACAGGCUGCUUGAGCAAAGUCAAAGAGCUGGCAGUGGAGGUGAGGAAACCCGCUGUAAAAGACGCUGAGAGCGAACAUGCCCUUAAACCCAAUCCUAAAGAUGCAACGCUGCCUAGCUCUAUUAGCAGCAAAAUGAAGAUAAUCAAGAAUAAAAACAAAAAUGGACGUAUUGUUAUUGUCAUGAGCAAAUAUAUGGACGGCAAGGUUAACGGAGCAAAGGGUAAACACGGGGAAUCGUCGAGCGAAGUGAAACUCCAAAACGCCAAACCGUCAGAAAACAAUCCAGCACACACAACCAAAAUAGUGGAGCACCCUGAGAAUGGGAUCCCCAAAGAGCUCUGCAACGGCAGCUCCCUCCCAGCUGCAGAGCAUCCCAUUAAGUGUUCCCACAAGGACAGACAUUUCUCCAAACCUUCUCCGAGCACAGCAGAGGAAUACAACACUGAAGUGGCUCGCGGUCAGGCUGAUUUACCGGAGGAUCUGCCUCUCCAGUUGACUGCUAGCUCGCCACUGACUUCCUGGUCUGUUGACUCCAAUAUCCUGACCCCUACAUCCGUCGAGACCAUCAGGAUCCCUUCUUUUCCUAACGACCGCAAGCGAAAGCUAUCAGAUCCUGUGGAGGACAGGAGCGUCUCCAAAACGUACCUGUCUUCCAGAAGCUUCAGCGUGCCCAGCACUGUUGUCACACCACCUCAGGACAAACCUAUGGACCUCCACUGUAGCGGCCCCCGCCACAGCAGCACAUGUACGUUUGAGGUUGUGGACAGCCAAGAGGAGCCGAUGGAUCUCAGCUGCCCAAAGACUAAAACGCAGGUGGAGCCGGAAAUCCAUCCGGAGCCUGAACCUGCUGUCACAAACACACCUCCUGUGGUAGAAGAAACACAGAAAUCCACAGAGAAAUGUAAAGAAGCACCUGUUAAAAAAGUCUCCCCUUUUAUGGGAAAUAUCAUAAUCACGGACAUUACAACGAACAGUCUAACCGUCACCUUCAAGGAAUAUGUUUCUUUUUAAGAAACCUUAAAUGGGACUCACUCGAUUGGAUCAUGUGAAUAUGUACAUUUGUAAAAACAUCUAAAUUUUGUAUAUGUGAAAAUGUAUAAUUUAUAAUUCAAAUUAAAUAUGUUUCUUAUAAUGUUUUAUACUGUAACUCCUCUGUGACGUCGUAGUCAAGAAAGUGCCCUCGAGGAUUUGAGCGAAUGCAUUCAGGUGGAUGUGUUCCACUUUAAAAAAUAUACUGUUUAUUUGUCAUAUCAAGCUUAAUGGAAUACUUUUGCUGUCGUUUCAUACCUGUACCAAACUUAUAACCUGAGAUGUAUGAAGGUUUAAACAUAAUUUUGUAUGAAUAAUAUCACUUAUUUUGGUCCUGAUAGAAGGUAGAGGAUGUUGUUGAGUAUAUAGGGAUCAAAUUGAAAGCACUUAAUUACAUAUUCAUAUGUUGGUUUGUGUCAUUACAAGUGAAGAAACCGCUGCUCUCUUUAAGUCUUAUUUAACUUUUUUUAAGUACCCUCAAAUUUAAUUGGCAUACUUUUGACAUGUUUUGUUUGUGAAAACAUGAUUAGCCAUGACUUGACAUGCAAAUUUAAACGGUAAGUGUGUCUGAAUACAUUGUAAACACACACACCGCUGUGUAAACAACUUUUUAGAAAUGCUCCGGUAUAUUCUUGUUUUGUCAGGUUGUAUCCUGCCGUUUAGAUGCAACAAAGCUGUCAGUGAAUAUGCUGUUGCAACCCAAUCUAUUACUUUGUUGCACAUUUCACCUUUAUCAAACAUGAAUGGAAUCAAAUGUGACAUCUCAAACAUUAAGAAAACGGUGUCAUUUAUCAAACUUGAGACUUUUCCGUUAAACUGACUUGUCAAUUGUUACCUUGAAUAGAUUCUGUUUUCCUUCCUUUCUGUUGACCUCGCAGUGAUGGAGUUACUUUGGAAAUACAUGUGGUAAUCUCAUUAGGAGUCUUCUAAUCUCACACAGAGUAGCGAUAUUCAUCUAAUUUAGCUUUGGAAACUCAUAUUAUCUAUAAAAAAUACAUUACUACUAUUUAAAUUAGAAAGAGCUACCAACCAGGGUCAUUGAUGAGUAUGUUACAUGGAAUACAUGUGAGUUGUGAGGCUGCCUGCCAAUGAGUGCCGGCUGUUUUGAUUAUGCUGCUGAAAAUUCAAAUGUCAAAGCUGUUGGAUGUAACCUACAUUUGAGUCGAAAUUGCCUUCUUCGCACGUUUAAUGCAGAACAGUAAGAAUGCUAAAAUGCUAUAAUGUAAAAAAAUGAAGCCUAUUUAAUAACAUUUAAUUUGUUAACAACUACAAUGAUGCUCUCUGCAUCAGAAGUGAACAGUGAUUCCACUGAACCAUUCAGAAGAUAUUUUGCAUCUAUUUGCUACUUUUAUAUCUUUUACUUUAUUUUGAUCAUUCUUUCUGGCACUUGGUUUAAAAUCAGGAUGAUUGAUAUGAAGUAAGUUCUACCACAAGUUGGUUGAGUUAUUGCUGUUGGCACAACCUUUUGGAUGUUUCACAAUAAAGACAAAAUAAAUUA